ACUGAUCAUCAACAGAUGCUUGUUUUUACUUUGAGCGCCUGAACAAACAUGUGGGUCCGCUGGAAAACUGCUUUUGAUGGAGCUCUGAUGCAUUUUAAAACAUUUUAGGAGAGAAAUGGGAGUGAAAAGCAGCUGAUAAGCGCCGGUCGCGACGGUGAAUGUGUGAAGUUUGGAGGCUCCGCAAACCAAACGCAGAGCGCAUCAGAGCUGAACAUGACUUCAGUAUGAAGAGACACCAGUCCGCUACCGGCUCCUUCACCGGCAGCCUGCGGCUCUUCUCCCACAUUUAGUUCGGAGCCUUUUAUCGGUGCAGAGAAAACACAAGUGGCGGCGUUCAGCCCGCACCGAGCGGCCGCGAGCUGGGCUGAGUCUCCACGGUUCUCACGGUGUGUUUAAGUGCAGCCUGCUGCUCGGAGCCUCCAUCAUUCAGACUCUCGUGUUAUCGUGAGGAGAAACAAGCAGAACAUGGCAGAAGUAGCUCCAGCCGCCCCCGCCGUCGCCGCUCCGGCCAAAGCGGCCAAGAAGAAGGUGUCCAAGCCGAAGAAGGCUGGUCCCAGCGUCGGGGAGCUCAUCGUUAAGGCCGUGUCCGCGUCCAAGGAGCGGAGCGGCGUGUCCGCGGCCGCCCUGAAGAAGGCUCUGGCUGCCGGAGGCUACGAUGUGGAGAAGAACAAGGCCCGCGUCAAGACCGCCAUCAAGAGCCUGGUGGUGAAGGGGACUCUGGUCCAGACCAAGGGGACCGGGGCCUCGGGCUCCUUCAAGAUCAACAAGAAGGCGGAGACCAAGCCCAAGAAGGCGGUGAAGAAAGCCGCUCCUAAAGCCAAGAAGCCCGCAGCCAAGAAACCCGCAGCGGCCAAAAAGCCCAAAGCAGCGGCAGCCAAGAAGCCGGCAGCCGCCAAGAAGUCUCCCAAGAAGGUCAAGAAGCCCGCGGCGGCCAAGAAGGCGGCCAAGAGCCCCAAGAAAGCUACCAAGAGCCCCAAGAAGGUGGUGAAGAAGGCCCCCGCAGCCAAGAAGACCCCCGUCAAGAAGGCCGCCAAGCCCAAAGUGAAGAAGGCUGCAGCCAAGAAGAAGUGAGCUGCUUCAAGACCAACAAUGUCCCAACAAAAGGCUCUUUUAAGAGCCACCACAUCUUCCUCAAAGAGCCUGUUCACACUCAUUAACAGCACAUCAUACACUGAUCGUUAUAUUAGGAUUUAAGAACAUGGUGGGGGGGAAAGCACAUUAAAACAAUUUUAUAUUAAUAAUUAAAAAGGAAUACUGGAGGUUUCAGCCAUAUAUUUUCCCCCAACAUCUAACAAAUGCUUUAUUUAUUAUUUUAUUGUUGUAUUAAGAGGCUGUAGGACCAAACAAGCUCUUAAAUAUCUCAGUGAUUCAGUCUGCAGUGGAUGUGAGUGGAACUCGUCUGUGGGGAAGUUCAGGAUGAGCAGCUCAACAUGACUAAUGUGCAGCAAGUCUUCAACAUUGAGUCAGACAAUAAAGA